GGCAUCGUCACCAGAGAAAUAUUUGGAACGUAUGUCUCUUCAGUUAAUAGUAGACAAUGUAAUUCCUACAGAUCAAACCCAAUCCAAGUCAAAGCCUGUCCAGGAAAUUACUACGUCUACAGACUCGUCAAGCCAGCGGUGUUACUUCCAAUACCUACAUACUGUGCAGAGACAUCAAGAACAUUUAACCAUGAAGAUUCAGAAGACACAUCAAUGCCUACACCUGCAGGUUUCCCAGACAUUUCAACAUAUAUGCAAGUAACAUCAACAGAAAUGAGAUCAACAGGGGUGACUGCAUUGGAGGUUUUGACCAGAGGCAACUCUGUAACUACAAUGGAAUCAGUACCUCCAACACGGUUACUUCAUGAACAAACUUCUACCAUGGCUGAGCAACUGCCCAUUUCUACAACAAUGUCUACUUUGAGCCAAGCCUCAUUCACAUCAACCGAGACAAUGCCUGUGACACAGGAUACACUGAGUCAGUCUGCCACCACUACAGCUGACCAUACCACUGAUACAAGCUCAACACCAGCAUCGCCUAGCAGAAAUCAGACUCCUUCAUCUACUACUGAACCAGAAGGAUUCAAGUCUACAACAACAUCUACAUUGACCCAAACCUCACUCACAUCAACUGAACCAACAUCUGUGACACAGGAUACACUUGAUAUUUCAACUGGUCAAGUGAGUCAGUCUGUCCCCACUUCAGCUGACCAUAUCACUGAUACAAGUUCAGCAUCAGCAACACCAACUAUAACUCAGGCUCCUUCAGCAACUACUGAACCAGAAAGAUUCACGUCUACAGCAUCUACUUUGACCCAAACCUCAUUCACAUCAACUAUACCAACAUCUGUGAGACAGGAUACACUUGAUAUUUCAACUACUGUAGUUUCUUCCACUGGUCAACUGAGUCAGUCUGUCCCCACUUCAGGUGACCAUAUCGCUGAUACAAGUUCAGCAUCAGCAUCGCCAACUAUAAGUCAGGCUCCUUCAGCUACUACUGAACCAGAAAGAUUCAUGUCUACAGCAUCUACUUUGACCCAAACCUCAUUCACAUCAACUAUACCAACAUCUGUCAGACAGGAUACACUUGAUAUUUCAACUACUGUAGUUUCUUCCACUGGUCAACUGAGUCAGUCUGUCCCCACUUCAGCUGACCAUAUCACUGAUACAAGUUCAGCAUCAGCAUCGCCAACUAUAAGUCAGGCUCCUUCAGCUACUACUGAACCAGAAAGAUUCACAUCUACAGCAUCUACUUUGACCCAAACCUCAUUCAUGGCAACUAUACCAACAUCUGUGAGACAGGAUACACUUGAUAUUUCAACUGGUCAAGUGAGUCAGUCUGUCCCCACUUCAGCUGACCAUAUCACUGAUACAAGUUCAGCACCAGCAACACCAACUACAAGUCAGGCUCCUUCAGCUACUACUGAACCAGAAAGAUUCACGUCUACAGCAUCUACUUUGACCCAAACCUCAUUCACAUCAACUAUACCAACAUCUGUGAGACAGGAUACACUUGAUAUUUCAACUACUGUAGUUUCUUCCACUGGUCAACUGAGUCAGUCUGCUCCCACUUCAGCUGACCAUAUCACUAAUACAAGUUCAGCAUCAGCAUCGCCAACUAUAAGUCAGGCUCCUUCAGCUACUACUGAACCAGAAAGAUUCACGUCUACAGCAUCUACUUUGACCCAAACCUCAUUCACGUCAACUAUACCAACAUCUGUGAGACAGGAUACACUUGAUAUUUCAACUGGUCAAGUGUCAAGUCAGUCUGUCCCCACUUCAGCUGACCAUAUCGCUGAUACAAGUUCGGCACCAGCAACACCAACUACAAGUCAGGCUCCUUCAGCUACUACUAAACCAGAAAGAUUCACGUCUACAGCAUCUACUUUGACCCAAACCUCAUUCACAUCAACUAUACCAACAUCUGUCAGACAGGAUACACUUGAUAUUUCAACUACUGUAGUUUCUUCCACUGGUCAACUGAGUCAGUCUGUCCCCACUUCAGCUGACCAUAUGACUGAUACAAGUUCAGCAUCAGCAUCGCCAAGUAUAAGUCAGGCUCCUUCAGCUACUACUGAACCAGAAAGAUUCACCUCUACAGCAUCUACUUUGACCCAAACCUCAUUCACGUCAACUAUACCAACAUCUGUGAGACAGGAUACACUUGAUAUUUCAACUGGUCAAGUGAGUCAGUCUGUCCCCACUUUUGCUGACCAUAUCGCUGAUACAAGUUUGGCACCAGUAACACCAACUACAAGUCAGGCUCCUUCAGCUACUACUGAACCAGAAAGAUUCACGUCUACAGCAUCUACUUUGACCCAAACCUCAUUCACGUCAACUAUACCAACAUCUGUGAGACAGGAUACACUUGAUAUUUCAACUACUGUAGUUUCUUCCACUGGUCAAGUGAGUCAGUCUGUCCCCACUUCAGCUGACUAUAUCACUGAUACAAGUUCAGCAUCAGCAUCGCCAACUAUACGUCAGGCUCCUUCAGCUACUACUGAACCAGAAAGAUUCAUGUCUACAGCAUCUACUUUGACCCAAACCUCAUUCACGUCAACUAUACCAACAUCUGUGAGACAGGAUACACUUGAUAUUUCAACUGGUCAAGUGAGUCAGUCUGUCCCCACUUCAGCUGACCAUAUCGCUGAUACAAGUUCGGCACCAGCAACACCAACUACAAGUCAGGCUCCUUCAGCUACUACUAAACCAGAAAGAUUCACGUCUACAGCAUCUACUUUGACCCAAACCUCAUUCACGUCAACUAUACCAACAUCUGUGAGACAGGAUACACUUGAUAUUUCAACUGGUCAAGUGAGUCAGUCUGUCCCCACUUCAGCUGACCAUAUCGCUGAUACAAGUUCGGCACCAGCAACACCAACUACAAGUCAGGCUCCUUCAGCUACUACUAAACCAGAAAGUUUCACGUCUACAGCAUCUACUUUGACCCAAACCUCAUUCACGUCAACUAUACCAACAUCUGUGAGACAGGAUACACUUGAUAUUUCAACUGGUCAAGUGAGUCAGUCUGUCCCCACUUCAGCUGACCAUAUCGCUGAUAGAAGUUCGGCACCAGCAACACCAACUAUAAGUCAGUCUCCUUCAGCUACAACUGAACCAGAAAGGUUCACGUCUACAGCAUCUACUUUGAUCCAAACCUCAUUCACAUCAACUAUACCAACAUCUGUGAGACAGGAUACACUUGAUAUUUCAACUGGUCAAGUGAGUCAGUCUGUCCGCACUUCAGCUGACCAUAUCGCUGAUACAAGUUCAGCACCAGCAUCACCAACUAUAAGUCAGGCUCCUUCAACUACUACUAAACCAGAAAGAUUCACAUCUACAGCAUCUACUUUGACCCAAACCUCAUUCACGUCAACUAUACCAACAUCUGUGAGACAGGAUACACUUGAUAUUUCAACUGGUCACGUGAGUCAGUCUGUCCCCACUUCAGCUGACCAUAUCGCUGAUGCAAGUUCAGCACCAGCAACACCAACUAUAAGUCAGUCUCCUUCAGCUACUACUGAACCAGAAAGAUUCACGUCUACAGCAUCUACUUUGACCCAAACCUCAUUCACGUCAACUAUACCAACAUCUGUGAGACAGGAUACACUUGAUAUUUCAACUGGUCAAGUGAGUCAGUCUGUCCCCACUUCAGCUGACCAUAUCGCUGAUACAAGUUCGGCACCAGCAACACCAACUAUAAGUCAGGCUCCUUCAGCUACUACUAAACCAGAAAGAUUCAUGUCUACAGCAUCUACUUUGACCCAAACCUCAUUCACGUCAACUAUACCAACAUCUGUGAGACAGGAUACACUUGAUAUUUCAACUGGUCAAGUGAGUCAGUCUGUCCCCACUUUUGCUGACCAUAUCGCUGAUACAAGUUUGGCACCAGUAACACCAACUACAAGUCAGGCUCCUUCAGCUACUACUGAACCAGAAAGAUUCACGUCUACAGCAUCUACUUUGACCCAAACCUCAUUCACGUCAACUAUACCAACAUCUGUGAGACAGGAUACACUUGAUAUUUCAACUACUGUAGUUUCUUCCACUGGUCAAGUGAGUCAGUCUGUCCCCACUUCAGCUGACCAUAUCGCUGAUACAAGUUCGGCACCAGCAACACCAACUAUAAGUCAGUCUCCUUCAGCUACUACUGAACCAGAAAGUUUCACGUCUACAGCAUCUACUUUGAUCCAAACCUCAUUCACAUCAACUAUACCAACAUCUGUGAGACAGGAUACACUUGAUAUUUCAACUGGUCAACUGAGUCAGUCUGUCCCCACUUCAGCUGACCAUAUCGCUGAUACAAGUUCAGCACCAGCAACACCAACUACAAGUCAGGCUCCUUCAGCUACUACUGAACCAGAAAGAUUCACGUCUACAGCAUCUACUUUGACCCAAACCUCAUUCACGUCAACUAUACCAACAUCUGUGAGACAGGAUACACUUGAUAUUUCAACUGGUCAAGUGAGUCAGUCUGUCCCCACUUCAGCUGACCAUAUCGCUGAUACAAGUUCGGCACCAGCAACACCAACUAUAAGUCAGUCUCCUUCAGCUACUACUGAACCAGAAAGGUUCACGUCUACAGCAUCUACUUUGAUCCAAACCUCAUUCACAUCAACUAUACCAACAUCUGUGAGACAGGAUACACUUGAUAUUUCAACUGGUCAAGUGAGUCAGUCUGUCCGCACUUCAGCUGACCAUAUCGCUGAUACAAGUUCAGCACCAGCAUCACCAACUAUAAGUCAGGCUCCUUCAACUACUACUAAACCAGAAAGAUUCACAUCUACAGCAUCUACUUUGACCCAAACCUUAUUCACGUCAACUAUACCAACAUCUGUGAGACAGGAUACACUUGAUAUUUCAACUGGUCACGUGAGUCAGUCUGUCCCCACUUCAGCUGACCAUAUCGCUGAUGCAAGUUCAGCACCAGCAACACCAACUAUAAGUCAGUCUCCUUCAGCUACUACUGAACCAGAAAGAUUCACGUCUACAGCAUCUACUUUGACCCAAACCUCAUUCACGUCAACUAUACCAACAUCUGUGAGACAGGAUACACUUGAUAUUUCAACUGGUCAAGUGAGUCAGUCUGUCCCCACUUCAGCUGACCAUAUCGCUGAUACAAGUUCGGCACCAGCAACACCAACUACAAGUCAGGCUCCUUCAGCUACUACUAAACCAGAAAGAUUCACGUCUACAGCAUCUACUUUGACCCAAACCUCAUUCACGUCAACUAUACCAACAUCUGUGAGGCAGGAUACACUUGAUAUUUCAACUACUGUAGUUUCUUCCACUGGUCAACUGAGUCAGUCUGUUCCCACUUCAGCUGACCAUAUCGCUGAUACAAGUUCACCACCAGCAUCACCAACUAUAAGUCAGGCUCCUUCAGCUACUACUAAACCAGAAAGAUUCAUGUCUACAGCAUCUACUUUGACCCAAACCUCAUUCACGUCAACUAUACCAACAUCUGUGAGACAGGAUACACUUGAUAUUUCAACUGGUCAAGUGAGUCAGUCUGUCCCCACUUCAGCUGACCAUAUCGCUGAUACAAGUUCAGCACCAGCAUCACCAACUAUAAGUCAGGCUCCUUCAACUACUACUAAACCAGAAAUAUUUACAUCUACAGCAUCUACUUUGACCCAAACCUCAUUCACGUCAACUAUACCAACAUCUGUGAGACAGGAUACACUUGAUAUUUCAACUGGUCAAGUGAGUCAGUCUGUCCCCACUUCAGCUGACCAUAUCGCUGAUACAAGUUCGGCACCAGCAACACCAACAAGAAGUCAGGCUCCUUCAGCUACUACUAAACCAGAAAGAUUCACGUCUACAGCAUCUACUUUGACCCAAACCUCAUUCACGUCAACUAUACCAACAUCUGUGAGACAGGAUACAUUUGAUAUUUCAACUGGUCAAGUGAGUCAGUCUGUCCCCACUUCAGCUGACCAUAUCGCUGAUACAAGUUCAGCACCAGCAACACCAACAAGAAGUCAGGCUCCUUCAUCUACUACUGAACCAGAAAGAUUCUCUGGCUCUUUUUUAACAACUGUCGUUUCUUCCACUGGUCAACCAAGUCAGUCUGCCACAGCUACACCUGACCAUACCACCGAGACAAGUUCAGCACCAGGAUUACCAGUGGCAUCAUCUACCAAAGGUGAGGCUCCUGAGUCUUCAACUAAAUCUUUCCAAAGUACUAUGUUCAUGUCCAAAACGGGUAUGACUUCAAAGACAGAAUCUUUAUCAUUAACUUCACCUGAUGAAUCUGUAGCACAAGGACAGGUCACUUCACCCAGAACUGGGACGACAACUGUGUCUCCAACUACACCUGGAGCCUACUCAACUGUGGCUGCAGUUUUGCCUGAAUCCCCAAUCGGUACACCCUCUACAGCCACAGCUGCUGCACCGAUUCCAAUAAUAACCUCUACUUCUGCCAGUUGGACAUCUUCUCAAGCUACCACAACUAAGCCCGUGCCAGGAGAAGGAGUGAUUAUUUUAAUAGUUCGAAUUCAGCAAGUCUUCAUUCCCGCUUACAAUGAUAAUUCCUCAACUGAGUACAAUACUCUGGUCAACAAUAUCACUGCUGAGCUGAACCGAGGCUUUAGGGAGCUGUUUCCCCUCACAUUUCUCCGAUGCUAUGUCUUAAGACUCUGGAAUGGUUCAGUAGGUGUGGACACUCAGAUAAUCUUUAAAAAUGAAACAGUUCUUCCAAAUGCAACAGUCUUGACUGAUUCCCUGAAAUCAGCAAUAAACGCUUCAAAAGUUUUCCUGAAUAUCAUUCCAUCCAGUAUCAUGGCUGUUUCUACCACAAGACCUGCCAGUAGCACUAAACUGACCACAACUCCAGAUGUGACCUCCCUGACCUCUGCAUCCAGUGCUGGAGCAUCAAAUACAAACAGUAACUAUUUCAUAAUUCUGUAUGUAGCUGUUGCCAUUGCAUUUUGUGGGAUUGCAGCUUUCCUAUUUUUUUGGAGACGAAGAAGGAAAACUAAGAUGAACAGAAUUAUGGAUGGACCAUUGUACGACAAUGUACCCCGUGCUCAAAUGUACGAGACUCAAACUGAACAAACCACUGAAACUGCACCAACAGAGAAUAUGAGGGACACAGAGCUUAAUUAAGAAUUGCUUUGUUUCUAUGUUAUGGGUUAUUGGCUUUUUAAAAGUUUUAACUGAGCGUCUCAAACUGCUGUAUGUGAAUCUGUAAUACAGUAAUAUAUUCAAGCCUUUGUGAAUUCAAACCCAAAUCUCUGAUAUAAACAUGUAUAGAUUUUGUUGCAGAAUGUUUUUUUGGGUCCACAUCUUGGGUGGAUCUGCUUAAUACCAGAAUGUAAUCUGUAAAUUUUAUGUUUAAUUAAAAAAAAGUAUGUAGAAUUAUUCAUUUCCACAUGGAAAGUUAUUAUUAUUUUUUAUGCAGAUGUGUUAAAAAAUAUUGGGGAUUAUCUAUUAUUGGGAAGUAAAAUUUCAAGCUGAUUGUCUUAAAGGCUAAUUUAGUUCUGUUGUGUUCUGAUUGGUCACUCUGUACUGUUUCACCUUCAAAAAGCUGUCAUGGGUAAAACACUAUAGAACUCCAGCAUGAAUGGGUGGGGCUAAAUAAACGGAUAUGUAUAAAUGCAUUUGUUACAAUGGCAUCACAAAUAAAUACGUCUUUCUAUAUAAA